AGAAGCUAGUAAUUCUGCUUCACCAGCGGGCGGCAGCCUCGCCUUGGCCGCCCGCCGGACCUCUACCCAUACCUUCACUCCGCCGCCACAAAUUAUUCUUCUUGCUCUUGAUCUUGUUGUUGCUGCGCUACAGUAGUUUCUAACAAAUUCCAUGGCAGAACUUCACCUUCAAGAUCAGAAAUUCCAUCUUGAACAACCCCAGGUCGGACCUCGCCGGCGAGACCGCCGCUGCUAUGGCCACCGCCUCCGUCUUGAAAACUAGUACUUUUUCCGUCACCGACGAUUUUCGCAGCGAACUCAGCGUUCCAGCGGAUGAUUUGGCAAACCUCGAAUGGCUUUCUCAUUUUGUGGAAGAUUCCUUCUCCGAAUAUUCUCUAGCCGGAAAAUUACCUGACAAAACCACCGGAAACCGGUCCGAACCGCUGGAAAUUGCAGUCCUGGCCAAGUCAUGUUUCACGACUCCGGUUCAGACCAAGGCAAGAAGCAAGCGGCUAAGAACCGGUUCACGAGUUUGGUCACUGGGCUCUCCUUCGCUGACCGAGACGACGUCGUCUUCUUCAUCGUCUUCGUCGACCUUGU